AUGGAGCGGUCUAGAUUGUUCGCGUCUGGCUACUCACUUUCACACCUUCUUCGCUCCGAAGAAUACUACGACGUGAACAUAGGCCACCUUCUAGGUUGGUUGAACAAGUUCUCAGAGACGAAAGAGCCAAUGCACCUUGACAAGUACUUUUCGUACACCGCGUUUGACAAUGCAGGCGAGGCAAUCUUCUCACGCUCCUUCGGGUUCAUCAAAGAAGGCGAAGAUGUUGGCGGCUCUAUCGCCAACACUCGGAGUCUGGCGCGACACAUGGGCAUUGCCGGUUACUACGUAUGGAUUCUGCGUCUUCUAGUUGCGAAUCCUAUCAUCACGUCUUCGAAACUGCUGCCCAUGGGACACAUGUUCAAUGUUGCGAUGGAAACUCUGCGUCAGAGAAAGACAGAUCCAGACGCCCGUUUUGAUAUCAUUGCCCACUGGUUGCGGACCCAUCAAGAAUCCCCCGACCUUCUCAGCUACCGAGAGGUUGAGGCACAAACGACCACGACCCUAGCCGCUGGCUCGGAUACUUUGUCGUGCGUCCUCCAAACCUUUGUCUACUUCAUGAGUAAAAACCAGAACUCAUGGCAACGUGCCAAGGAUGAAGUGAAGACAGCCAUGAGGGAAGGCCACUGCCUGGAUCAAGUCAUCAGUUAUGACGAUGCUCGAAAGCUGCCGUUCCUGGAGGCAUGCAUUUAUGAAUCUCUGAGAAUGUUUGGGCCUGGUCCAUUCCAGCUUCCGCGGGUAGCGCCCAAAGACGGGAUUACUAUCGGCUCAAAGUACUUCCCGGCAGGAACCGUCUUGUCGAUUAAUCCGCAGUAA